GGGGUGAUGAUGACGUGCCGUUGAGCGUGCGUCGGGAGACGUGCAGAGCCCUACAUGUUGCCCGGGCACGCUCCCUUAGGGCAAGAGAUGGUCGAGAUAGUUGCAAGAUACGGGAAUACACCGAGCCGCGCGGGAUCCCGGGUGAGCUUCGCGAACGGAUACGAGCAUUCCCCACGGGGCAAACCGCCGCUCUCAUCCACGAUCGGGUAAAUCACGUGGGUUUCCCGACGUCAUCGACACACCCGGACGCGUAUACGGUAUAUCUCUCAAUCAACUCGCCCACCACGUACCCCAUCCUCGCCGUCGCACUUCACCAUGUCCGAUCAAAAGCGCGACGUUCGCAAUCCCCUCCUCUUCGAGUGCGCCUGGGAGGUCGCCAACAAGGUCGGCGGCAUCUACACCGUCAUCAAAACGAAGGUCCCCGUCACCGUCCAGGAAUUCGGCGACAGAUACUGCCUCAUCGGCCCGCUCAGCUACAAGACCGCCCCCAUGGAGGUCGAGGCCGAGGAGCCCUCCGAUCCGGAUGUCGCUGCGACGCUCGAAUCCAUGCGUGCGCAGGGUGUCAAAAUUCUCUACGGCCGAUGGUUGAUCGAAGGAGCGCCGCACGUCCUCUUGUUUGAUACGGGCAGCGUGUACUCGAGGUUGGACGAGUGGAAGGGAGACCUCUGGAAUCUCGCAGGGAUUCCGACCCCACCGAACGAUCACGAAACGAACGAGACUAUCGUCUUUGGUUAUCUCGUAGCGUGGUUCCUUGGCGAAUAUGUCGCUCGUCAGCGGCACACUGCCGUCAUCGCUCAUUUUCACGAGUGGCAAGCUGGCCUAGCGAUCCCACUUUGCCGCAAGCGGCAGAUCGACGUAACAACCGUCUUCACUACCCACGCUACCCUUCUGGGCAGGUACCUAUGUGCCGGCUCCGUCGACUUCUAUAAUAACCUGCAAUACUUCGAUGUCGACCAUGAAGCGGGCAAGCGUGGCAUUUACCAUCGCUACUGCAUCGAGCGAUCCUCCGCUCAUUGCGCUGAUGUCUUCACGACCGUCUCGCAUAUCACGGCUUACGAAUCCGAGCAUUUACUCAAGCGCAAGCCCGAUGGGGUACUUCCUAACGGUCUCAACGUCGUCAAGUUCCAAGCCAUGCACGAAUUCCAGAAUUUGCAUUCAACCGCGAAAGCAAAGAUUAACGAGUUCGUCCGCGGCCACUUCUAUGGCCAUUACGACUUCGAUAUCGACAACACUUUAUAUUUCUUUACGGCCGGGCGUUAUGAGUACCGCAACAAGGGCGUCGACAUGUUCAUCGAGGCGCUGGCCCGUCUGAAUUUCCGACUUCAGAAAGCAGGGUCGAAGACUACCGUCGUGGCAUUCAUCAUCAUGCCUGCUGCAACAGCGUCAUACACCAUCGAGUCUCUCAAAGGUCAGGCUGUCACCAAGCAGCUGCAGAGCACCGUGAACGAGAUCACGACUCGGAUCGGUCAGCGCCUUUUCGAACAUGCGGCGCGCUCCAACGGGGAUCAUGGCACGAACCCCCUCCCCGACGACCUCCUUUCCGAGGAAGACAAAGUUACUCUUAAGCGCCGUAUCUUUGCUCUCAAACGCAAUGCCCUCCCGCCAAUCGUCACUCACAACAUGGUGGAUGACGCCAACGACCCGAUCCUGAAUCAACUCCGCAGGGUAAAGUUAUUCAACGCUUCCUACGAUCGAGUCAAGAUUGUCUUCCAUCCCGACUUCUUGAACUCCAACAACCCUAUCCUAGGUCUCGAUUACGAGGAGUUUGUACGUGGUUGCCAUCUAGGAGUUUUUCCGAGUUACUACGAGCCCUGGGGCUACACCCCCGCGGAGUGCACCGUAAUGGGUAUUCCUUCCGUCACCACCAAUCUCUCUGGGUUCGGCUGCUUUAUGCAAGAUCUCAUCGAUCGACCGCAAGAUGAAGGUUGCUAUAUCGUUGACCGUCGCUCUCGGUCCGUGGAAGAGUCAGUUACGGAAUUGACGGAGAAUAUGUUCUCCUUCUGCAACAAGACACGUCGGCAGCGCAUCAACCAGCGUAACCGCGUCGAGCGGCUUUCGCCUCUCCUCGACUGGAAAAACCUCGGAAUCGAGUACUCUAAGGCGCGCCAGCUCGCUGUUCGCCGUGCGUAUCCCGAUGCAUUCUACGGGAGCGCGGAGGGCGACGACGAAUUCUACUUUACGGGAGCACAGAAGAUCGAUCCCAUCAGCGUGCCGGCCAGUCCGAGGUUCCGGGGCUUUGGAGGACUGGCUACCCCUGGGGAUCUUGGGACGCUCACGGAAGAGAUGCAGCGCUUGGCCACGAGCGAUUACAAUGGUGGCGGUUAUCAGUGGCCUGGCGGCGAAGAGGAAGAAGAUUCGUACCCAUUCCCGUUGGUCAUGAAAGUUCGCUCGCGCGCGUCGUCCAUCAUGUCCGGUGCCAGCACACCAGGUGGCGGCGCCUUCCGCAGCCUGAACGAGCACGACCUGCGAAAGGCAGACGCGGCUCUUUCGCAUGUGCAGGUUGAUGCGGCUCUCGCGGAAGCCCACGGCGUUAAUACCUCCGAGAAUGGGUCCAACGCGCAUGCAAACGGUGUCAACGGUACAUCAUGAAAGCAUUAGUGCUCGUCCGUCUCCGAGAUAGGUAACGACCAUGCAUGUAGUAGAAAACUUGACGAAUGGAACAUGAAUGCAAGACACGCUGCGUUGAACUGCGUACCGCGGAAAACUGAGAUGUCCUGCCUUUGAAGCGUGGCAGCCUGCGGAACAGCUGUGUAAGGUCGAGCUUGAGGAUGACGCGGGCGGUAGCAGUGGCACGACGCACGUCAGGCGCAAACGAGUGGGAUCCGGUGAUAUAGCAAAAGACUGUAGAUACAGGCAAA